AUGAUGGACUUCCAAGUGACCGUUGCUCCUCCAAGCAAGCCUCGUGAGAAUCCCUUCGGCUCCAUCUUCCGUAACAAGAAGACAGGCCCUGCCUUCUUACUGUCCAGUGCACACCUCCAACAGUCAACUGUCCCACCCGGACCUCCUGGACCUCCUGGACAGCCCGGAGCUCCUGGGCAACCUGGUGCGCCUGGCCAACCUGGAAGUGACAACACCGUCACAUACGCUCCUAUUAUCUGCCCUGGAGGAGACACCACUUGUAUCCAGUGCCCAGCAGGACCUCCAGGUCCACCCGGACCGGAUGGAAACCCUGGAGGCCCAGGACCCAACGGAAACCCAGGACAAGCUGGAUCACCUGGACAAGAUGGACAGCCAGGACCAUCUGGACCUCCCGGAGACGCUGGAUCACCAGGAAACCCAGGAAGCGAUGGACAGCCUGGACACCCGGACAGGACGGCACCACCUCAACCAACACCCCUGGAGGACCUGGACCAGCUGGACCAGCAGGAGCUCCUGGAAAUGCAGGAGGACCUGGACAGCCAGGAAACGCAGGAAACCCAGGAGCUCCUGGACCCGCUGGACAACCCGGAGCUCCUGGACAGCCCGGACCCAACGUUUUUCAUUAGCGACAAUUCGGAGAAUAAAGGCAUUGCUCUCACAUUGACUCUUGUUGAACAUUGA